CACCGACCUCGUACAAUGCAAAUCUUUUGGAUAAGAUCGAUUGGAAGGAUUAAUCCCCCAUCUCCAUCAACACUGCUUCUCCUUAAUUCUCAGCAACAAAUAAUCCAAUCUAUUUGCAUGUAUUUACAUACGCAUUCCACCUAGCUAUUUCCCAAUUAAUAUAAUCAAUUUAGCCUACUCUUAAGCCUUAAGCAGACUGGUCAAAAACACAAUAAAAUAUUUACAGAUAUUUUAGUGUUCUGCUAAUAUAAAACUGCUCAGGUCUGUCCAAGUACAGGAAUAGGAUCUUCCUUUCAAAGUAGCUCUACCUAUUCCUCAUUGAAGCGUGACUCAAGAAAAGUAAUAAAAUCGAAGACUAUAUUUGUUUUGUGUCCAAAGAAGGGUGUCACAAUAUUUUAUUUUCGGCCACAAAAAAACUAGAGGAGAAUAAAAGCUCCCACUUGCAGCAGGAAAGCGAUUUGAGGGAUCAUAGGCUGAUUGGAUUCCUUUUCUUGAAAUUAUUUUUAAGAUUGUGAUUUUCCAUCAGCCCAGCAAUUCUUCUUGUGUGUGCCAGAUUUCAUGAUCAGGGUUCCUCAGCUCAUUCAUCCAAGUUCAUCAAUGUCUGUAAAGGAAUACGUUGUGCAAGUUAAGUGAGUGAGAGAGGAUGGAGAGUUCUUAUGAAUUUCAUAGCAAUGGUAAUUUGAGUGAUCAUCAAGGCCUACAGAUUAUCCGGCAUCCCUUGUAUCAAUCCGGCCAGUUUUCGUUGCAUUGGUUCGAUGCAAGAGUGUUCUAUGUUAGAAUCAGCAAUUUCUUGGUUGAUGAUGCCACCCCAGAAUGCCUCACCCUCAACCAUGUCCCCGCCUCCCCGGACUCUGUCCUUGAAGUGAACGGAACAAGAUGCUCGAUGCAAUCACAAGGGAUCUCGUGUAUUCUUAGACGCGACAGAGUUGAUAAGAAAUCAGAAGAGGCCACAUUUGUCAGUACAGAUAGUAUAAGGUUUACAGGAAGUGUGAAAUUCGAGGUUUUUGAUAAGGAUGAUCUUGUGAUCUCCGGGGUUUUGGAAAUGUCGAGUAGCAAUGGAUGUGUUGGGGAGUCAACGAAUGCAGCUAGAAAGUGGUGUAUGAAUUGCGAAUCUGUGAUUAGUGCUGGCACUGGAUUUCUGAAAGGGAAGCAAAUAAAGGAUUCUGAAUCUUCAUCUCCCACGAUUGAAGUUUACGUGGCAGGUACCUCCUCAGGAACCCCCGUCAUAUUAACCAAGAGCGUGCAGCUUAAUCACCGAAAGAAACACAGGAAGGGUGUUCUACAUUCAAUCCCAGAGUAUGAUGCUUCUGAAUCUCAUGAAGACUUUGCAUCUGGGAAUGAUCUGCAGCUGGCAGAAUAUAACCGAUAUAAAGCAGAGAGCGAUCAAGAAUACGACUUAUACUGGAGACAGACCGAAUAUAUUGAAGGUGAAGAUGGAGAGCUAUCGUGGUUCAAUGCUGGGGUACGAGUGGGUGUAGGAAUCGGACUUGGGGUGUGCCUUGGGGUCGGGAUUGGCGUUGGGUUGCUGGUUCGUACUUACCAGACCACUGCUCGAACCUUCAAGAGGCGGCUUGUAUAGUCGGGUAACACCAUCGUCUCUGUCUCAUCGCAAUAUACAGGAGCUGCUGUCAUUAGAGUGUGCAUUUUGAAGUUGAGAGUAACUUGGUUUGUUUUUUUUUUUUCAUUUUUCUCUGACUAUGUUACUGAAAAUACAAAAACUAAGAAGAGAAAUAUAUUUGGAGACAUUGUAAA